AUGACUAUCAGUGCGAUCCCUAUAUGGCUGGACUGUGACCCUGGACAUGACGACGUUAUAGCGAUCCUUCUCAGCUGCUUCCAUCCGGCUUUCAAGUUAGUCGGUCUAAGUGCAUCUUAUGGCAAUGCCCCCUUGGAGAACACGACCUAUAAUGCCAGAUCGGUGAUUACGGCAUUCGGUAAGGGGCAUGAGGUUACGGUUUAUCCUGGCGCCAAGAAACCAUGGGUACUUGAACCGGAAUACGCUUCCGAUGUGCAUGGUGCUUCAGGUCUCGAUGGAACAACCUUGCUACCGGUUCCAGAUUGUGAGCUGAACGUUAAGGAAAGCUAUCUGGAUGCCAUGGAGAAGGCGAUAGUGGCCUACGGUGGCGAGAUAAGCCUUGUUUCGACAGGUGCCUUGACCUCUGUUGCGACCCUUCUGCGCGAUCGACCACAUCUGAAGAAAUUGAUCAAGUACAUCAGCAUCAUGGGUGGAGGGUUUGAUGUUGGUAAUCGUAAUUCCCAUGAUUCAGCAGAGUUUAACAUCUGGAUUGAUCCACAUGCGGCAAAUUUCAUCUUCAGUGAUCCUGACAUCAAGAAUAAGUGUAUACUGCUGCCUCUGAACGUCACACAUAAGGCAAUUGCUACCGCUGAAGUACAGGAACGCAUCCAUGCUAAUGGCAGAAGUAAGAUGCGCGAGCUGUUUUAUGAACUAUUUAAAUUUUUUGAGCAUUGUUACAAGGAUGCCCAGGGCUUUGACCAUCCGCCCACACACGAUCCCUUGACUCUAAUGCCUUUGCUAGAGUUUUACGGCUGGGAAGCAUCCUCGGUUAUUCAGUUCAGCUACAGGAGAUUGGACAUUUACGCCGUCGAGCAUGAAAACAGCCCAGAUUUGGGAAAAACCUGCAUCGAAAAGGAAUAUGAGCUUUCUGAAGGAGCUGGUAUUAUGGUGGGGUUUGAUCUUAAUAUCGAGUAUUUCUGGGAGCAAGUUUACAAUGCAUUGAACCAAGCGGAACAGGCAUCGACUAUUGAACGAGGGCGUUAG